AUGCUUCCUGGAGAGUGGUCUCACUUUGGGUGGUCUUGGGGAAGUAGUACUGGUGCGGAAACCAAGGCUGUGCAGAUGUGCAGCACUUGUUUAUGUAUAUGGCCUGUGGCGUAUCCGGCAAUGCCGGUCAGCGGCGGUGGUGGUGGUGGCGCCAAAAGCCUGACCCGCACUAAUGGCAGCCGUGCAGGAAGCGGCCGCGAGGAUGAUGAUGGCGCCGGGGCCGCAAUCCACAGCAGCAGUAGCAGCAGCAGCAGCACCGACGGCAGCAUCGAAUCUAGCACCAGUUCCUGUGUCAGGCAUUGCGAAGGUGAAGGUGAAGGGGAUGGGGGCGGUGGCCGGGGGUCCCCAAGGGCAGAUCCCAUCGCGCCAACAGCCGCAGCUGCAACUGCUACAGCCAGUGGGGCUUAUGUGCUCAAGAUCCACGGCAGCCGCGACCUGUACGGCAUGAAGGCCAUCCGUGCCGCCUUCCCAAACCAGCUACAGGCUGCCAUCGCGAGUGGAGAGCCUCAAAGUGUCGUACUACUGCUACUGCCGCAACAACCCGAUAAGGGCGCCUCCGCCGGCGCUGACGCCAAUAGUGACGCUGCGGCUGUAGCAGCGGUGCCGUACACCAUCAGCAUGCAUGCGUGGGUGUACCACAGGACCGUAGUGUGUCGUCUCUCCCGUACGGCAGAUUUACUUCGUGAUCUGGAUGCGGGACCUGGCGACAAGCUUCGACUGUCGCUACUGCCGGACGGCCGAGCGGUGGUGAUGAAAGCGGCGGGGCGGGCGGCGGGCGCGGCUACUGCUGCCUCCGCCGACGUUGUCGCUGACGUUGGUCUGGCGUACGUCGUACCUCUGACGGCGACGUACCUAGGGCACAAGGUAUACAUUCCCACCGAAAUCGUACGGCAGCUAUUGGUACGGCAGCAGGGGCCCCGAGUGCCGCCACAGCUCCAGGGAUGCGCUUACCUCCAGAGCUACACGUACGGCAGCAGGGGCCCCGUGGCGGCGGUGCUCUGGUACCUGAAGGGGGCGAGGCCCUGGCUGCGCGCUGGGGGAGCUGUUCCCGGGGACCAGCUGCACCUCAGGAGAGCGGCGAAUCCCGUGGCGGAAACUCGCGGAGGCGGAAGCGGCGGAGGCGGCGGAGGUGGAGGCGGCGGAGGCGGCUCGGCGGCGGCCGCCAGUGUUGCAAUCACAUUGUGCCGAUUCAGGCGCGGGAAGUCUGAUGCCGCGGUGCCGAGUCUAGGAGGGGGGGUAGGAACCGGCGACAGGUUGCGAGUGUCGCUACUGCCCGACGGCCGCGCGGUGGUAGAGGCCGCCGACCCGGCAGCCGCCACGCCCUGCAUCGUACCCCUGUCGUACUACAGCUUCAGGAUGCACGUGUACGUCCCCAUUGCCGUUGUACGGCAGCUAUUAGGGCCGGAGGCCGCCGUCGAGAUGGGCAAAGCCGUACCGGUCAAACUGGAGCCGCAGCAGCUUCCGGGACCCGCGGGGCCGGCGGGUGCUGUCUCCGGAGCUACGGUUUUGGUAGCAAUGGGCUGGCUGCGGGGCGUGGGAGCGGCUCCAGGGGAUGUGCUCCGGCUGGAAGCUGUCGCCGGCCGUACAGCAGCAGCUGUAGCAGCAUCGGGUGCGGAAGACGGAUCUGGGGCCCCGGCGGCGGCUGUAGCCGCGGUCAAAGAGGCGGCGGAUGGCAAGGAGGAGAAGGAGGAGGGGGAAUCCGGGGAAACCGAGGAAGUCGCCGCCGCCGCUUUGACGAUCGUCGUGAAGCUCGAGCGGGCGGUCAGGGGAAGCCCUACGGCGGGAUUGCCGCUGCUGCCGUCGCCGCCGUCGCCGCCGCCGCCGUCGCCGCUGCCUACGGAGAGGCAGUCGCAGGAGGAUCUACUGCCCGCUUCUCUUCUCGUCGUGUCGGACGUCUUGGCGGCCGCGGCCGCUGCAGCAAAAAGGGCACCAUGUACGGCGGAAGAGGGGCAGCCACCAUCGCAAGUGGGGUCGUGGGCUUCAACAGCACCGGCACUGGCGGCAGCAGCAGCAGCAGCAGCAACAGCCGGAGGGGUCAGGGCAGUGGCGAGGGGAGGAGCAGCGGCCGCCGUGUGCCGCCCUGCCCUGGAGGAGGUGAGUCAGGAGGUCGGAGCUGAGUUCACGAGCUCCCGACGUGGCGACGGCGACGACGAGGUUAAUGAGCAUGACGAUGGCGCUGGUUGCUGGUGCUGCUCCUGCUUGACGCCGUCUCCCGCGGCCGGUGCUGGUGCUGCUGGUACCAAGUCUCAACCCGCCUUCCCAGGAGGGGAAUAUAGACCCGCGAGGUGGAGGUGGAGGUGGAGGUGGAGGUGGAGGUGGAGGUGGGGACACGGAGGGCAGCGGCACAGGGUGAACGAGGAGAUGCCGGAGAUCUUUUGUUGGGUAGAUAGCAGUGCGGCACUGGGGGGGGGGGAGGGGGACGAGGGGGGAGGUUUGGAUCGUUUUCAGGGCGCGGCAGUGGAAUGCGGCGACCGUCCCCUGGGAGUUCCCACUGCCAAGCGCGCAUUUGUCGAUAUCUUGUCAAUGCUUCGCAAGCCAGUGGUUGGAUGA